AUGAGUGAGGCAGGCGAGGCCACCACCGACGGCACCACGCUCCCGCAGGCCGCGGCCACCGCGCCCAAGAGCCCGGCGGCGGCGCGCCCCAGGGCCCCGGCGCCCGCUGCUCUGCUCGCGGGGAGCCAUGGCGGAAACGCAGCCCCCGCGGGCAGCGAGGACGCGGAGAAGAAAGUUCUCGCCACCAAAGUCCUUAGCACUGUCAAAUGGUUCAACGUCAGAAAUGGAUAUGGAUUUAUAAGUCGAAAUGACACCAAAGAAGAUGUGUUUGUACACCAGACCGCCAUCAAGAAGAAUAAUCCACGCAAGUAUCUGCGCAGUGUGGGAGAUGGAGAAACUGUAGAGUUUGAUGUGGUUGAAGGAGAAAAGGGUGCUGAAGCAGCAAAUGUGACUGGUCCAAAUGGAGUUCCUGUAGAAGGGAGUCGUUAUGCUGCUGAUCGGUGGCGCCUCUACAGACGCGGCUACUAUGGCAGACGCUGUGGACCUCCCGUAAUUACGCUGGGAGAGGAGGAGGAGGAAGGGAGCGGCAGCAGUGAAGGAUUUGAACCCCCUGCCACAGAUGGGCAGUUCUCUGGGGCCAGGAAUCAGCUGCGCCAUCCCCAGUAUCGCCCUCCAUACCGGCAGCGGCGUUUUCCGCCUUACCACGUGGGACAGACCUUUGACCAUCGCUCAGGGGUCUUUCCCCAUCCCAACAGAAUGCAAGCUGGUGAGAUUGGUGAGAUGAAGGAAGGAGUCCCUGAGGGAGCACAGCUCCAGGUUCAUCGGAAUCCAACUUACCGCCCAAGGUUCCGCAGGGGACCUGCUCGCCCACGACCUGCCCCUGCUAUUGGAGAGGCUGAAGAUAAAGAGAAUCAGCAAGCUGCCAAUGGCCCGAAACAGCCAUCUGCCCACCGUGAAUUCCGACGCCCCUACAACUAUCAGCGCCACCCCUGUCCCCUGAACACUGUUUCACAAGAUGGCAAAGAGACCAAGGCUGGUGAAGCAGCAACUGAGAACCCAGCUCCAGCCAUGGAGCAGAGCAGUGCCUAGUGACCCUGGCCCCCCAGGCACCUUCACCACCAGCAGGGUGACCUUAAGAAUUAAAGACCAUUCUAAAACAAGGC